AGCACUGGAAGCGUGUCACAUCCAAAGAGUUCAAAACUGACGUAUAAGCAGUUUCAGUUAAACUAUUUGGCAACUACUUAUUUGGUUUUACUAAAAUAAUUAACAGUAAUUUACUACUGUUGAUUAUCUUGUUUGUGUGCUGUAGUAUAAUUGUGAGUUGUCGCUGCAGAGAGCUGAAAUAAACUGAAAUCUCAGCCGCCGCAUGGCGUGCAUCUUUUUUUAACGACAAGCAGUGAAUGAAAGAUAGAAAGAUCUGUUAGUAAAUACUGGAGAGUUGUUUUACGGUUGUUAUAAUAUUAUUGAUCAAGUAUUGUUGAAUCUUCGCAAAAAUGGGGAAGAAACGUAAAGAAUUCAUCCAGAGUAAAGAGGAACGCAUGAUGAUGACGAUUGGAGAAAUUAUCAGAGAACUAUGCAAUGCCCAUGAUGAGAGCAGAGAUGUUGAUCUUAACAAAUUGAAGACACAAAUCUCAUCUAAAUAUGGUCUAUCGUCGUCUCCCAGGCUAGUGGACAUCAUUGCUGCUGUUCCCAUUCCUGUUAGACCAAUUUUAUUACCAAAACUCAAGGCAAAACCCAUUAGAACUGCCAGCGGUAUCGCUGUUGUUGCUGUUAUGUGCAAACCACACAGGUGUCCUCACAUAAAUAUGACGGGUAACAUUUGCGUAUAUUGUCCUGGUGGUCCGGAUUCAGAUUUCGAAUACUCCACGCAAUCAUACACAGGCUAUGAACCAACGUCGAUGAGAGCAAUACGCGCCCGUUACGAUCCUUUCUUACAAACUAGGCACAGAGUCGACCAGUUAAAACAAUUAGGCCACAGUGUGGAUAAAGUAGAAUUUAUUGUCAUGGGAGGAACGUUUAUGUCUUUGCCAGAAGAUUAUAGAGAUUACUUUAUCAGGAGUCUACAUGACGCUUUAUCUGGUCACAUUAGCAAUAACGUAGCAGAAGCUGUUAAAUUUUCAGAACGAAGUAAUACCAAAUGCAUAGGAAUAACUAUUGAAACCAGGCCAGAUUAUUGUCUGAAAAAGCAUUUGUCUGAUAUGUUGAACUAUGGUUGCACGAGACUUGAAAUCGGUGUGCAGUCAGUAUAUGAGGAUGUAGCAAGGGACACCAACAGGGGUCACACAGUGAGGGCUGUUUGUGAAAGUUUUCAACUGUCAAAAGAUGCUGGCUUCAAAGUUAUAGCUCACAUGAUGCCUGAUUUACCGAAUGUUGGCUUUGAGAGGGAUAUUGAACAAUUUAUUGAAUUUUUUGAAAAUCCAGCUUUUAGAGCAGAUGGUUUAAAAAUUUACCCCACACUAGUCAUCCGAGGUACUGGUUUGUAUGAAUUAUGGAGAACUGGGAGGUACAAAAGUUACCCUCCAAGUGCUCUUGUAGACCUUAUAGCACGGGUUUUAGCUCUUAUUCCACCAUGGACGCGAGUAUACAGGGUACAAAGAGAUAUUCCUAUGCCUCUAGUUAGUUCUGGAGUAGAACACGGUAAUCUUCGUGAGUUGGCUCUAGAGAGAAUGGAAGAUCUCGGAAUUACUUGUAGAGAUGUAAGAACGAGAGAAGUUGGGAUUCAAGAGAUUCAUAAUAAGAUUCAGCCUCAUGAAGUCGAAUUGAUUCGUAGAGACUACUAUGCUAACAAUGGAUGGGAAACAUUCUUAUCUUAUGAAGACCCAUUACAAGAUAUCUUGGUUGGCUUGUUAAGACUGAGAAAGUGUUCAAGCAAUACUUUUAGAGCUGAAUUGAAAGAUAAAUGCUCAAUAGUACGUGAACUUCAUGUGUAUGGAAGUGUCGUCCCGGUAAAUGCUAGAGACCCCACUAAGUUUCAACACCAAGGAUUUGGUAUGCUUUUGAUGGAAGAAGCUGAAAGGAUAGCUAGGGAGGAGCAUGGGUCUAAAAAAAUUGCUGUUAUUUCAGGUGUAGGAACUAGAAACUAUUACAGAAAAAUUGGUUAUGAAUUGGAUGGUCCUUAUAUGUCAAAAUCUCUUUAAUAAUGAUCGU